AUGCCUUCAGGUGAAGGAAGCAGCUUCAACGACAACGGCAACGAUGAAAUCGUUUACAAAUUCGAUGCAGACGACAAAUUAAUACUGUGGGACCACGAUGGCUGCGCUCUCUAUGACUUUUGUUCAAUGUCAUCAUAUGAAGAAAAGAGUGCCAUUAACAGCAGUUAUAGCAUGCCAUCAGACGAAGAAAGGAGUGCCAUUAACAGCAGUUAUAGCAUGCCUUCAGACGAAGAAAGGAGUGCAAUUAGCAGUAGCUGCAGCAGUUAUAGCGUGUCAUCAGGUGAAGAGAGAAGUGUUAUUCACAGCAAUUGUAGCAUACCAUCAGGUGAAGAAAGGAGUUCCAUUAACAUCAGUUGUAUCAUGCCAUCAGAUGAAGAAAGGAGUGCCAUUAACAGCAGUUAUAGCAUGCCAUCAGAUGAAAGGAGUGCCAUUAACAGUAGCUACAGCAUUUAUAGAGUGUCAUCAGGUGAAGAGAGAUGUGCUAUUCACAGCAAUUGUAGCAUGUCAUCAGCUGAAGAAGGGACUGUCAUUAACAGCAAUUGCAACAGCAGCAGCAACUACGAUAGAAAUGUUGGGGACAUCUACAGACUCGAAACAGUUGCCGAAUUGGUCCCGUGGAACCAAGGCGAUUACAGUCGCUCUAACUCUCUCAUGCUUUCAUUAUCUGUAGGAAACACUAACAACAGCGGAAGCCUCUACAACAUCGAAACAGACCCCAAACUGGUAUCUUGGAAAGAGAUUGGCGGUGACGGCCAAACCCCGCGAGGCGAGUAUUCUUGCAUCCUCUGCAGCAAACGCUUCGCCUCGAAUUACUACCUCAAGCUGCACUACCGCUCACACAGCGGGCAAAAGUUCGCGUGCGCCAUUUGCGACAAGGAGAUGACCACCAAAUCCAGCCUGGCGCAGCACAUGCGCACCCACACUGGCGAAAAACCGUUCAAAUGCGUGGUGUGCGACCGGUCUUUCGCCACCAGCCAGCGCCUCCGGGAACACGAGAGGACGCACACCGGCGAAAGACCGUACGAGUGCUUUCAAUGCAAGAAGUGCUUCGCUCAGAGCGGCGCCUUGGCGCAGCACCUCCGGACGCACACCGGGCAGAAGCCGUAUCCUUGCCUGUUGUGCGACAAGCGCUUCGGAACCAAGACGUCGCUGGAUCGGCAUGUGCAGUCCCACCGCGGGGAAAAACCGUUCGAAUGCGGCGAGUGCGGAAGGCAGUUUUCCAGCAAGCAGAGGCUCGUGUGCCACAUGAAGAAGCAUGCUGGCAGCGCGUCCGGCCUGUCUACGAACAUUGGGUAA